GAACGAUCCUCCUACGGGCUUCCUUGUGUUUUGUUCCAGACAACGGCCUCACAUUCUCGGCUAACCCGCUAACGCAGGCUACGCGCUAACUUCAGAUAGUUGGCAAUUCGACGUCUCGCGUGUCUUUUGUAUUGUUGCGGCUUGUUGUUAUUUUAGCCGCCGGCGUUACCCGCUAAAAUUCGCGAUUGUGGCGAUGGUAUUUUGCGGAAAGCCAUAAAUGACAGCCAUCCCGCGGCUUCCUCUCUCCACCGUGCUAGCUGGCUGGCUACCGCCGCUGCCUCGUCCCAGCGCCUCGGACGGCUUCCUGGCUUUGUGGGCUUGAACAGCUAGCUAACAGAAGCUAGCAAGCGUGCUGGUACAAAUAACAUUGUGGGGUGAAAACAGGAAUAACCACUCGCCUAAAUGGACCACAUGUCCAUAAUAACCCAAGUCUCCAAUCCCAAGGAGGAGGAAGUAAUAUCCUUCAACCAGGAAAAGGGCUUUGUGUUUCCCCGUGUCAAACGCCGGACUGAGGUCUGCGAGUGGCACAAUGUGGAGAUGCCAACAGACAUGACAUAAUGCCGUGUGCGUUUCACCGGGCUUCAGUUGCAAAGGCAUUCAGGAGGGCGUCCCAGUCAAACAGCAGCAUAAAGAAGCAGAGGAGCCGGAGCAUCUUCAGCACAUUCUUCUGCUGCUUCCGCAACUACAAUGUGGAGCCGCCAGCCGCCAACACAAACACCAGCUCCAUCCCCCCACCUGUUGAGGAGAACGGAUCGCCUCCCAAGUGUGACCAGGUCGAGGUCAUCCCUGUCCCUAGUCCCCCAGCCAAAUACCUCCUACCAGAGAUGAAAAUAUCUGACUAUGGCAAAAAGUGUGUGGUGAUUGACUUGGAUGAAACGCUAGUCCACAGUUCAUUUAAGCCCAUCAGUAAUGCCGACUUCAUUGUCCCAGUGGAGAUCGAUGGGACCGUCCAUCAGGUGUAUGUUCUGAAAAGACCCCAUGUGGACGAAUUCCUGCAAAAGAUGGGAGAGCUGUUUGAAUGUGUGCUCUUCACUGCCAGUCUGGCCAAGUAUGCGGACCCCGUGGCGGACCUGCUGGACCAGUGGGGCGUGUUCCGAGCCCGGCUCUUCAGAGAAUCCUGCGUUUUUCACCGAGGCAACUACGUUAAAGACCUCAGCCGGCUGGGGCGGGAGCUCAGCAACGUUAUCAUCGUUGACAAUUCACCCGCCUCCUACGUUUUCCAUCCGGAGAAUGCUGUCCCCGUUCAGUCCUGGUUCGAUGAUAUGAACGACACAGAGCUCCUCGAUCUGCUGCCUUUCUUCGAGGGACUCAGCAAAGAAGAAGAGGUUUACGAAGUGCUGCAGAAUCUGAGGAGCAGGUAGCAGGACACGCCACAGCACCGCCCGUGCUCUCCACCCUCCUCUCAGUCGGCCUCUCUUUACAACCACGUUUCUCAGACUCAGGCAACUCCUCUCACCCGCACGCCGCCAGCGUCCGCCCCGAGGCGGCGCCGCGGCGUCUCACUGUGGAAACCUUCGUGUAACCCGUCUCUGCGCUCAUCUCCUGGUGACUGGCUGCCUUCUGAGUGCCAUCAGAAACUCAAAAACACUUAAUAUCCCAGGAGCACUGUGUCUAAGAAAAAUGGAAAAAAAAUGAAAAAAAAAAAAAAAAUUAAAUGCGCCAGAAAGUGUAAGGAUCAUCCUAAGUCGAUAACGUUGUGGACAAAAUGCCAAGAGGAUUGAACUCUGGUCUUUAUUUUCAAAACAACGUUUUACUAUUUGGUGAAGUGUUUAUUUUAAAAACCAAAUGGAGAAAAGAAAAAAAAAAUUGUGUCUGAGAUUUUUUUUGUGGUACCACACAAAAGUCUGAGAAGUUCUUGUCCUCAUAUUGUUGCUAUGCAGGCACUUUCUGCUAGUGGAAAGGACUGUGAUUCUCUUUUCUAACUGAAUGAAGUGCCUUGUGUGAAUGUUGUUUAUAUGGGGAAAUAUUUUGUACAUGACAUAUUUCCAGAGUACUUCACACACAAUAUGCUUUAAAGUGGACACAGAAGUAUCUUUAUACACAAAGUUUUACUUCACUUUUCGUUUUUUCUUUUGAUGAAACGCUGGGCAGUUGUCUCAUAGUAUUUUUUUUUUCUCCCCAAUAUGGUCGUGCCAUUAUAUAGAUGUGACUUUUGUUUUUUUUUGUUUUUUUUCUGCUUACAUUAUAUGUAGAACUAGAUGGUUUGUUGUAGGCUACGGAGGAAGUUUGCAGUUGUGAACUUCUCGUCCCACCUGCAAGUAAAGUUGUUUGAUAUUUUCUGAGCUUGGAUAAAAUUGUGCCAUUUAUUUUUCCUGUUUGUAUGCAUUACUCACCUUAUUUCUUUUCAUUUGCCAAAUAAGGAAAUUAUUUUUUUAACAAGCUUCAUAUCUUCACCAUGAGUUGAGCUUCAAUUGUUAAACCAUUAGUUGUAAUUAUAGCAUUAUAGGCUUUUUUUUCUUUUGACGGUAGCUGUCAAAUUCAUUUGUAUGUUUAUAUAUUACGUCUCGCUCAUCGGAUGGCUACCUUUUAGCCAGUGUUAUUCUUCUUUCUUUUCUGGUUUUGAGUGGUGCAGCUUCGCCCUUACGGGAUGAUCUCUCUCUCUCCAAAAUUGUACACACCUGCGAAAUGUGCUUUCGGUUGUUUCAAGCGGUGUGGGAUCUCGGAGUGAGUGGACGGAGUGCCGUGUUAGUAUUUCUCAUGACAUCGGUGUCUUUCGGGGCGAGAGUUCCAGCGUCGGCGUCUGAACGGUGUUCAAUGAAGCGGCACUCGCCCCCACCUGCACUCGUGAGGACCGUUCGGCUGGACUGGCUUCGCUGCAGUCCGGUCCAGUGUUAAAGACCAGCAGUGAACGCGUGUGGUGUUUAUCCCCCCCAGACUCCUUUUCUUUUUUUCCUUUAUUUUUUAACUGCUCUUCACCUCAGUGCCUACGUUUUGAGAGGAGCCCAACAAACCAAAUGCUGCAACAUUAGCUACCAUGGCAAUAACCUGUUUGAGGCGGGAGGGGGUUUGGUUGCAGGCGUCAUGAGCACUUGACAUCUUUAGCCUGGAGAGGUUUAUGAACAGUGAGGCCGGUCUUCUUAUCACAGGUCUUCUUUAAAACUUUCACAUGAUGCGAUGUAGAAAUUCAGAUAUAGUUUGGUCAUUUAACAGUGAAACUAACGUGGUUUCGUUUUUAGUUUUGAAUCUGGCAUGGUGUGUUUGACACAAACGGCAGUGUUGUGGUGAUGGUAAAGAGGGGGGUAAAGGCCGCGCUGUCUCAGCCCUUCCAAAUGUCAGGGUCGAGCUCCAAAAUGAAACACCACGGGGGCGCUGCGAGGAACUUCACCGUGGCAUUGACGCCUUACUGCCCGAGGAGGCACAAAGCAAUGCUUCUUUAAUUCCAAGGUCCUAGCUUCAUGUUUCUGAUUUAAAAA